AUGGCUCCCUCCAACCUCCCCGCCCUGUUCAACGCUACCAGCCAGGAUAUUGAAACCCUCCUGGCUGCCCAGUGCCACCUCGGCUCCAAGAACCUCCAGGUUCAUAUGGAGAACUACCUCUGGAAGACCCGUGCCGAUGGUGUCAACGUCAUCAACGUAGGCAAGACCUGCGCAUCUCACAGGGAGAAGAUCGUUCUGGCUGCCCGCAUCAUCGCUGCCGUCGACAACCCCGCCGAUAUCUGUGUCAUCUCUGCCCGUCCCUACGGUCAGCGUGCCGUCCUCAAGUUCGCUGCCCACACUGGUGCCACCGCCAUCGCUGGUCGCUUCACCCCCGGUUCCUUCACCAACUACAUCACCCGAUCUUUCAAGGAGCCCCGUCUGAUCAUCGUCACCGACCCCCGCACCGACGCCCAGGCCAUCAAGGAGGCUUCCUACGUCAACAUCCCCGUCAUUGCCCUCGCCGACACUGACUCUCCCACCGAGUACGUUGACGUUGCCAUCCCCACCAACAACAAGGGUCGCCACGCUAUCGGUGCCGUCUGGUGGAUGCUCGCCCGUGAGGUCCUCCGUCUCCGUGGUACCAUCUACAACCGCGAGACCCCCUGGGACGUCAUGGUCGAUCUUUACUUCUACCGUGACCCCGAGGCUGAGGCUGAGGAGAAGGUUGAGGAGGAGAAGGUCCCCGGCGCUGACGAGGAGGGUCCCGCUGCCAUCGAGUCUGGCUUCCAGAACACCGCUGGUGGUGACUGGGAGACUCCCGCCGCUGGCUUCGCUGGUGCCACCGGUGCCGCUGCCCCCGGCUGGGAUGGUGCUGCUGGUGAGGAGUGGGGUGCUGCCCCCGCUAACACCGAGUGGGCUGCUUCCGCCGAAGCCCCCAAGGACUCUCAGUGGUAG